AAUUUAUUCCUUAAAUAGUGUUUUCAUACGGUUACAGCCGCUGCUUCUACUUGAAAACUAGUACUAGUAAUCUAGUAUAGUACUAAGUAGGAAUAAUAAUAAUUCCGAUUACUUGUCUUCAUCUUCUUCCUUCCAGCUCCAUUUUCUUUCCUUGCUAUUUACACAAUUGAAAAAAUAGGAUUUUCCUCUUUUUUAUUAAUUAAUUUAUUUCCCGCAAUGAUUUGAAAUGUGUUUGUAUUUUUUAUUAUUAUGUUGUUGGGGUAUCUUUGAGUUGUAUAGAGGUGCAGACGACUAAUUUAUAUGUCGGCGCCAGGUCGCUUUCUGUCGGCAUCGUUUGUAUCCAACAAUGGUGAUGAUUAAAAUGGCCGGGCGGAGGAGAGAAUAACCCAUUUCUAUUAAACUAGAGUAGAGUAUCAUAUUCCCCACAUACCCAUUACCUAUAGCUACACCACUAUGCUGAUGAUUCAUUGUUAGUGUUACAGGAUUUCAGUAGAUUUUAGAUUUGAUACUUCCUCCCCCUUAAGUUUCAAUAUUUCUGACUUUAUGUGGGAAUGCGGCUGAAUUCUGAUCCGACUCCGACUGCUGCUGCCGCUUCUCCCAGAUUACUCCCUCCCAAAUGAAGUUUGCUGCCUUCUAUCCAACCUAUUUAUCUUCCAUCUCAGUGUCAAUGUGUCAAAAUAUAUAUCCCAAAAGUACUCGCCUUUGCAGCUGAAGUGGUCGCCAAAUGUCAAGGACUCUUGCAGCAAUUGUAGGAGGUGCUGCAGGAGCCGUGGCAUUGGUGGGGGUUGUGAUUGUCAUUUUAUGGUUCUGUAUUUUUCAUAAAAGGAGCAUUUCAAGAACUUCUGAGACAGGCUCUUCUGAUCCAUCUAUUCAAGUUGGAAAAACUGCUGGGAUUGAAUUGACCUUACGAGAUGCCAGGCGCUUCCAGAUAGAAGAAUUGUCUUUGGCAACAAAAGGUUUUAGUGAUAAGAAUUUGAUUGGCCAAGGCAAAUUUGGGGAAGUGUACAAGGGAUUGCUUCAUGAUGGCAUGCUUGUAGCAAUAAAAAGGCGAUCGGCUGUCCCUAGCCAGGAAUUUAUUGACGAGGUUCGCUACCUCUCAUGUAUUCAGCACCGGAACUUAGUCACCCUCCUAGGAUACUGCCAGGAACAUGAUCAGCAGAUUCUUGUCUAUGAGUACAUACCUAAUGGAAGUGUAUCCGUUCACUUAUAUGGUGAUGGUCAUGUUACACAAGAGAAACUUGAGUUCAAGCAUAGGCUUUCUAUAGCUCUAGGGGCAGCUAAAGGUCUUGCUCAUCUUCAUUCCCUAAGUCCCCGCUUGAUUCAUAAAGACUUCAAGACAGCAAAUGUUCUCGUGGAUGAAAAUUUCAUAGCUAAAGUUGCAGAUGCAGGAUUACGCAAUUUUCUUGGGAGAUUUGAGGUUGCAGGCCCAUCUUCUCAAGUAGCUGCUGAUGAAAUUUUUCUUGCUCCAGAGGUCAGAGAGUUCCGACGAUUUUCUGAGAAAAGUGAUGCCUACAGUUUUGGUGUAUUUCUCCUGGAGCUAGUUAGUGGCCGUGAAGCAAUGGAUUUGCUGUCUUCAGAUUUGAAUAUAAACAUAGUUGAAUGGGUGGAGAAUUAUCAGGAAUCUGGCAACAUAUCUGCCAUCAUAGAUCAAAGAUUGGGUAAUAGCUUUACCACAGAAGGCAUGGAAGAGUUCAUGCAGUUGACUGUCCGUUGUAUGGACCCUUCGAGUGAAAGGCGGCCUACCAUGAGUUAUGUGGUGACGGAACUGGAUCGGAUACUGGAGAAAGAGAUGAGCUUGACAACAAUCAUGGGAGAAGGAACUCCAGUUGUGACUCUUGGAAGCCAGCUUUUUAGGGCUUCAAAAUAAGAUGCAAGUGUGUGGGAAUUAAGCUUCUUUGUUGUAUUAAUUCUUUUGUUUGUGUGAUUUGUCAUAUUAUUUACAGGAACACCAGAUUGGAAAGAGAGAUGCAUCCAGCUGUUUGUUAACUGUAAAAAAGAAAAAAUAACAGCUGUGUUUUUUUCUUCUUUUAUUCUUUCCUCUCAUAAAUGUACUCUAAACCUCGUGCUAAACAAUUAUUUGUUGAUAAUAGAUGAAGAUUGUCUGGAGUGAUUAUUUUAA